AUGUUCGAACCUAUGGAGAAUAAGUUUGUGCAUCCGAAAUCACCUCCAGACUCUGCUAAAUUCUCCAAAGCAGCUGCCGAAAAGGCACCGACAAAGAAUCGAAAGACAACGAAGGGUGCAGUCCCAAAUCCAAGUCCAGACGAUGCGCAAUUCGACGAUGAAGGCGAACAAGAAAAGACUCCCAGGCCUCUACGGAGCGUCCAUCCCCCCAGCGAUACAUCAUCAAAGUCCUCAACGAGCGGUCGAUCGGGUGCUUCAUCGCCUCGAAAGCAAUUAGCAGCCAUGGCAUUAUCCUCCCACGGCCUCGAAACGCGCGCCAGGUCUGAUCCGUCUGGUCUUCCCCGAAGCCUGGCAGCUAUGCGAACGAAGUUGUUACAAUUCAGUCGUGGAAGAGGAAUUCUUGGGGAGAAUGGGCUGGACAGUAUACAAGACGAAACAGCUGCAAGGGCGUUACAUCCGGACAUGGCCGCUAUUUACGAGGACAAAGAAUUCUGCUGCUCUGCGUGUCGGGAUGAAUUGGGUUUGACGCCGAGUCCUGAGGAUGUGGUGUACAUUCUUGAAAGCGCGGGCGAUUGUCUUUCCGUGGGGAGGUCUGAAGCGGCGUGGAACCAUGAAGUUCACUUCCCUCUGCUGUGUUUGGCGCUUCGGAACCGAUCAAAGGGUGCGUUCCAGCGACUCAUUAAUGUGACAUCUUGUUCAUCUGCCUCCGUCAUCCCCGACUACCGCAUCCGCUUCACGCCCGACCAAAAGAUCCUAUCAAUAAACCCAACCGAUGACUUGUCACUGUUGAGCAAUCCAAUUGCCAUUCCCAUCGAGACUAAGCGUCUCGGCGAAGGCUUGGACACUGCCAAUCUCCAAGUCGCGACGUUUCUUACAGCGCACUUGACGCUCCUUCAGCGACUUGUUGACACUGGUGUUUCUGUACCGGUUCAAGAUGAGGAGAAGCCUCCUUCGGUUGAUGAUCUGGGCUUUUUGCCUGGGUUGAUCGUGCAGGGAAACACGUGGAACUUUAUCGCAGCAAGUCGUCAAUAUUCUCGAACCGUGAUCUGGGCAGAAACCUCGCUUGGUUCGACGGGCGACAUAUUCGGCAUCUACCAAAUCGUCGCAUCAUUACAAUUACUGCGUCAAUGGAUCAAUACAGCAUACUGGCCCUGGCUACGACGCGUUACACAAAGAGCUGCUACAGCGAUUCAAUUACGCGAUGACCCAGCUGGAUGA